ACGUGACCCAGUGACAUGCACACUCAUUUGCAUAAGCGUUUAAAGAAGACAGCUGACAAGUUGAGGCAGGAAUCUGAGCCCGGCUUCAAACAGAAACUUCACACAGAGAAGAUGACCUCUUCGGUGUCGGUCAGCUCUCGCCUCAACAAGGCGGUACUGCAGCGGUACUUGAGCCUGCCACAAGAAGGAAAAUCCCAGGUCACCUAUAUCUGGAUCGAUGGCACCGGAGAGGGACUUCGAAGCAAGACACGAACUCUGGACAGUGAGCCAAAAAGUGUAGAAGACAUUCCUGAGUGGAACUUUGAUGGUUCCAGUACGUACCAGGCCGAAGGUUCCAACAGUGACAUGUACCUCAUUCCAGUGUGCAUGUUCAGAGAUCCCUUUACACUCGACCCCAACAAACUGGUUCUCUGUGAAGUCCUCAAAUAUAACCGCUUACCCGCAGUAACUAACCAUCGCAACAGCUGCAACAAAGUGAUGGAGGCAGUGAAGGAGCACUGUUUGUGGUUUGGCAUGGAGCAGGAGUACACACUGUUUGGUACAGAUGGACAUCCCUAUGGGUGGCCCGCCAAUGGAUUCCCGGCACCACAAGGCCCCUACUACUGUGGCGUGGGUGCGAGCAAUGCUUAUGGGCGUGACGUAGUGGAGUGCCACUACAAGGCAUGCUUGUAUUCAGGGAUCAAAAUCUAUGGCACAAACGCUGAAGUCAUGCCAUCUCAGUGGGAGUUCCAGAUCGGCCCCUGUGAGGGCAUCGAGAUGGGCGACCACCUGUGGGUGGCACGUUUCUUGUUGCAUCGAGUGUGUGAAGAUUUUGGCAUCAUCGCCACAAUGGACCCCAAACCAAUGACGGGGAACUGGAAUGGUGCUGGCUGUCACACAAAUGUGAGCAGCAAAGAGAUGAGGGAUGAGGGGGGACUGCAAUACAUCGAGCAGGCCAUCGAGAAGUUGAGUAAAAAACACGCCGAGCACAUCUGCAUGUAUGACCCCCAUAAGGGCCAGGAUAACCUCAGAAGGCUCACGGGGAGCCAUGAGACCUCCAGCAUCCAUGACUUCUCUGCUGGUGUGGCCAACCGAGGUGCCAGUAUCCGUAUCCCUCGACAUGUCGGGCAGGAGAAACGAGGUUACUUUGAGGACCGCCGCCCUGCUGCAAACUGUGACCCAUACGCCGUCACCAAGAUCAUCGCAAGCACGUGUUUUCUCAGCAAUGACAAUAAUCCACAGUCCCAGUAAUAACAAUAAAGGUUAAACCAUAGUCUGUAACAAAUUUGUCUUCAGUGUUUGAUGAAGUAUAAAGAUAGCUGUUUGGGAAAUAAAGCUCUGUGAUUGCUUUAUUUAUUGAUAACUGUGGUAGUAAUUCUAUUUAUUGAUCAGACUGUACCAGGUCAGGUCUGGGAGAAUGCAUAUGCCUCAUGUUGCCACAAUGAACACACUAUGGAACAGCCCUGGACCCUGGUU